AUGUUGUACAGACUGUUCCAAGAUCUGGGUCAAAAUGGCAAAGACAAUAAUGAAUUUGUAACUGGAAGUAUUGUUUCACUCUAUAAAAACGCUGUUGCUUCUGGUGGAAUUCGCUCUGAAGGUGGAAUUUUAAUCCGAAAAAAGAACGAUGGCGGUCAACAAGAAAAAAAGUACUACAACAUGUCUAAGUAAGUCCUUAAUAUCGUAUUUUAUGUUUCUUUUAUUUGAAUGUGAGAUUCGUUCUUAUUUUUACAUGUUUUAGCAUUCGAAGUUUUGGAGACCUGAAAGGAGACGAGCCAGAUGACUCCUCGGGUGAAGAUGAAGGUCGUCAGGAUUGUUUUGUUGGUGGAAGCGAACGGAGCGGUCAACAAGUUUUGGGUCUAGAUAGGGAUGGUGAGCUUGCUGAUCGAGUUUUCAAAUCGGCUCAACAUCAUGGAAGGGAAACCUUGAGCACGGAAGAAGCGGAACGCUUCCGUGAUGGAGCCUCAGAUCCGAAUUCUGGUGUCAGGUUGAGUGGUGGUCCCUCAGCUCAGAUGAACGCUGAACGAGUUCACGUCUUUUUCUGGCAGAAUGGGUAUAGUGUGGACGAUGGACCCUUGAAACCAUACAGCUCUAAAGAUUUUUAUACAACUUUGGAGGCAAUUUCCUUCCAUAUUCCGCAAAAAUGGCUGGAUAUUUCCCAGAGAGAUGUUAUACUCUAUAUAAGAAACUGUCACGAUAAGUCUUUCAAUCGUGAUACUGAGUACGUUAAACCAAAUCCAAAAUUUUUGGCUUCCUCGGACCAUCGUUUGGGAGCUGUUGUUCCUGAGAUUGUUUAUGGAGAAACGAGUCAAGCUGAGCCUUCUGCUGAUGGUAAGUCUUUAAAUAAACAUAUUUUUUAAUUUAGGAUAAUGAUUCAUGUAAAAUAAUGAUGAAUCUUUGAUUUAGAAGACAAGAAAUUGAUUAAAGAAGCUCAAAGCUUUUUUGGUCUGAAGGAGGGUGAACCUACAGGCAGGAUCAGAAUUAGAAAGCCUAACGGUGAAUGUUUGGCUGGCACAUUCAAUCCGUCACAUUUGGUCGAGGAUGUCCGGUCUUUCAUUGUCUUGUAAGUUUUGUGUUUGUUACCUAAUGUUUUAAACUUGGUAAAAUAUAACAAUUUUUGUGCUUUUUUAUGGAGUAACAUAAUUUUCUUGAUGAGUUUUGAAAUAUAACUGUAAUGUUUCUUUAGGGCUGCCCCAGAAUUGGCGUUUAAAGCGUUCAGAUUGUUUAUUGCCGACUUCCCUAACAUGUUAAUUGAAGAUGAGGUGGUGACCGUAGAAAAAGCCGCUUUAUUCACUCACCUUACUAUCAUCCAGACUGGAGAUCUGAUCGGAACAGACAAGUUUGGCAACAAGUAUUUCCAGGACGAUGGUAACUCCAUUCCCGCAGACAGAUGGGUGGUAUUCGGCGAGAAACAAGAUGUCACUCAAGUGCCUCCGGAAUGGCACAGAUGGCUACACCACAUGACCGACGAGCCUCCCACCGUCAAGCCAGUAGACCGGAAGUGA